AUGGGAGGAGAAGAGCUACCUGGGCUUUUGGUCAAUGAAAUUGGUGGUGUACAUGGGAUACUGCAGGGCCACGUGGCAUUCCUGAAGAAACAUUUCUACCUCAUCACCAUGAAGGAAUUAAUUGAAAACAGAAAGCAUAUGGGUAAAAAGGUCCAAGCGAUCUAUCUGUGGUGGCACAAACCAGUCAUUAACAAGGAGCUCCUCCAGAGCCUGCCAAAUUUGAAAGUGAUUGCAAAUUCAGGAGCAGGGAUGGAUCACCUGGAUCUGAAACUUGUAGCUAGCUUUGGUGUGAAGAUGGCUAAUGCUCCACGUGCUGUUUCCAGCAGCACAGCAGAUACUGGGAUGGCUUUGCUGCUGGCUUCUGCUAGAAGACUAGUGGAAGGCUAUCACAUCGCAAUCUCUCCAGAUAUGGAGUACUGUGAAGCUGAUAUUCUGGGAGUUGGAGUUACUGGAGCUACUCUGGGGAUCAUUGGCAUGGGCAGCAUUGGGUAUAAGAUUGCUCUGAGAGCCAAAGCGUUUGAAAUGAACAUUUUGUACCACAACAGGACACAGAGGAAAGAACAAGAGGAGCAAGCUGUCGGUGCCACUUACUGUGAGAAGAUAGACAGCCUGCUCCAGCAGGCAGAUUUUGUGAUAGUGGUGGUGAGCCUGACACCUCAGACACACAAGCUGAUUGGGAAAAGAGAGCUGGAGCUGAUGAAACCCACAGCUACUCUCAUUAACAUCAGCCGAGGUGCCGUAGUUGACCAAGAGGCGCUGGUGACGGCUCUGCAGACUGGUGUUAUCAGGGCUGCAGCUCUGGAUGUCACCUACCCGGAACCUCUACCCAGAGAUCAUGCGUUGUUAAAAUUAAAGAACAUCAUUAUAACACCUCACCUCGGCAUUAAAACAGACAAGGCCACCUACAUGAUAACAGAGGAAGCAGUUGAAAACAUACUGGCAGCUCUUAAUGGUCUCCCCAUACCCAGUGAAGUGCUCCCGAGAUGA